GGAAGAGAGGCCAUCAUUUUAGAAGAUGGGCCAUAACUUCUUGGGCCAAUUAUCAUUAUUUAUGAAGGUCCCAUAAACCACCUUCGAAACCCUAGCUCGGGAAGAGAGGGAGUGUUUCUCACAUCGCCAAACUGGGAGAAGAGAGGCCGGCAUUUUAGAGUGUUUCUCACAUCGCCAUCUUCAAUGAAGUUCAACAUAGCCAAUCCGACCACUGGUUGCCAGAAGAAGUUGGAAAUUGACGAUGACCUAAAACUCCGUGUUUUCUGGGACAAGAGGAUCUCUCAGGAAGUCAGUGGAGAUGCACUUGGAGAUGAGUUCAAAGGGUAUGUUUUCAAGAUUAUGGGUGGCUGUGACAAGCAGGGCUUCCCAAUGAAGCAGGGUGUCUUGACACCUGGUCGUGUGAGACUCCUGCUGCACCGCGGUACCCCGUGCUUUCGUGGUUAUGGAAGGAGAAAUGGCGAGCGCCGAAGGAAGUCUGUUCGUGGCUGCAUUGUUAGUCCUGAUCUCUCUGUCCUUAACUUGGUGAUAGUGAAAAAAGGUGACAAUGAUCUUCCUGGUCUCACUGAUACUGAGAAACCAAGGAUGAGAGGUCCAAAGAGGGCUUCAAAGAUCCGCAAGCUCUUCAACCUUAACAAGGAAGAUGAUGUUAGGAAGUAUGUCAACACAUACCGUCGCACAUUCACCACCAAAUCUGGCAAGAAAGUCAGCAAAGCUCCUAAGAUUCAAAGGCUGGUCACUCCACUGACCUUGCAGAGGAAGAGAGGUAGAAUUGCUGAGAAGAAGAAGAGAAUUGCCAAGGCAAAGUCGGAAGCUGCCGAUUACCAGAAGCUUCUUGCACAACGGUUGAAGGAGCAGAGGGAAAGGCGUAGCGAGAGCUUGGCUAAGAAGAGGUCUCGACUCUCUGCAGCCUCAAAGCCAUCCAUUGCCGCUUGAUGUCUUCUAGGAUCAUCCUUUGGUGAGCCGUGUAUGUUGUGGUCGUGUGCCAUUUUGGCCUUGGACUUUUAUUGGGGUCUUAGCUAAGGAGGUUCAAGUAUUUUUGUCUACUGGCUGUUUUGCUUCUGAAGAUGUUUUGAAUGCUUGUUUUGUUUAAUACUCUCUUUAGAAUAUAUUAAUGCAUUGCUUGCAGUUUUUAAUUAGGAUUA